UUGAUUGACAGUGCUAGCACCAUGGAUAGACUUUCCGUUCCUUGGAUGCAUCGAUUUGAUCAAUCUUUUCGUCUUCUCCUGUGCUCAUUGGUGUCUGGUCAUUGGGGGGCCUUGGCUGCCUUCCGAACCCUUCAGCGCUCCCAAUCUGGGGAAGAAGCAAGGCAGGGAUUCAACUGGCAGAGUUUCACAGUGAACCUGUGUUCUCAAGAACCUGUGCUCAAAGGGCCUGAGAAGACCCUCACCUUAAAACCAUUACUGCUACUGCUUCCAGUGUUGUGUCAAAGAAAUCUCUUUUCCCUGCUGCUUACAGUACAGUCUGCAGUACCAAAAGACUGCCUCAUCCGUCUACUCCAGGCCUCUAGACAAGAUCCCAGCCCAGACCAAUGGGUGCAAAGACUGAGGGAUUUAUUACAAGUGGGGAUGCAAGAGAAGAGCUCUUUGAUGCCAGUCCUGCUAUCAGAUACAUGUCAGCAGCGGCUGAAAGGUCUGUGCCAGAAGGUUAUGACUCCUCGUUGCAGCAAACCUAGUUUAGAAAGAAAACUAAGCUGGUUUGUUAAACAGGCAGAUCCCUGCUUAAUGCUAGCUGGAGAUGCUCUUGGCUCUGUGUCUCAAACUAGGAAAAAAAAGAAGCUAGCUGAGGAACCUUUGGGUCCUGAAGAAGAGAGACAGAGAAAGAGGUCCCGAUUGGAAGAUGAACUGGAUACAGAACUUCCUAGACGGCAUGCUGUACUGCAGGGAGUUGGUGCAGCUAGCACAGGGACUGAGGUCAUGAUGGAGGUUUUUGGAAAUGAAGAUGUUCACAGUCUAAGCUACAAUGUCUGUCAAAGUUCUGUGAAGGAGGAUGCAGUGGAAAGGAGAGAUGCCAAUCAGAGCCCUCAACAGGACACAGCAGCCGAGGUUCCUGAUCAUAUUAAGGUGCAUGUACCCAAACUUAAGGAACUGCUAGAGAUGCAGUUUGAUCAUUCUGAUGGGAAUGCCCCUCUUCAGCUGCAGGUUCUGAAUGAGUGUACUCCAAGCCAGUUGGAAGGACUGUGCUCUUUACUGCAGCUCUCAGAGUGCCCGGAGAAUGAACUUCUGCAGUUUUGUACUUGGUUAGUGGCACUCUCUCCUGAUCUUGGCUAUAGUAAUGCAGCAGUACUUGCUGGAAAACUUUUCCUACCUCGGGUUCUCUUGCUGACUGAGCCACCCUCCUGGUCCCUCACAACUGCCCUAAUGAUGUUCUGCUCCAAAUAUGCUCGCCCGGUCUGUUGCACCUUGAUUUCUUCAAUUGUACAGGCCCCAGGAAAAGGCCAUGAGCAGAUGAAGUUAGUGUGCAAACUAAUUGAGGAGUGUUUGGAGCCUGAAUAUGUGCGGCUGGUAUUCAGCCAUAUUAUAGAGGUGCCAUGGUCAGAAGAUCUCUUUACGGUUGUGCAUUCUUUGCUGGAAAGACAGGUGGAAUUGUCUACUGAGCUUUUCAACACAUUAGUUCUAAAUCUUUGCCAGAUGGCUCAAGAAUUUGCCACAUCAAUGCAUUACGCAAAGCUGCUUCUGAGUCUGCUGACCAAAUACGAAAGCAGUAUUACAUUGGCCCACCAGCAUCGCUUAUCUGGUGCUCUGGACAACAACAAAACUAUCUUAAAGAAGUCUCUCCAGGUUGCAUUAAAACGAAUGACUUCCAGAUGAAAAACGGACUUGAAUGCCUUUCCCUGUGUGGGGAAUGCAAGAAGGCAACCCUGUUCUUUAUUGCUUGUAACUCCAAGAUGGAAAUGACUAAAGGCUCCUUCAGAUGCUGAAGAAUCAUAUAUGUCCUAUAUCUCUUGAACUAUUCACUUUUUUGCUU